CACUCAGUCCACACUCACACACAACCACUUCCCACUCCUAAAAUUUCAAUUCAAUUCAUUUCAACUGUAAACUCAAUUCAAUUCCGCCAUGGCAAACAUGAUUAUGGCUUCCUCAAGAUCCUUGAUCAGAACCUCCACCACUUCCCCUUCCCCGGCACCAUCACAAAAGCUCCCCAUUAGCAAUCACAUUACUCUCCCAAGAGUCCAAUUACCCCUCCUCAAGAACCUCUCCCUCCAAAUCCCAAUCCCAAACACUAAUCAAACCCUAAAAUCCCUCUCCGUACUGGCAGCCACAUCUCUAGCGCUCGCGCCUCCGUCGCUCGCGGCGGAGAUCGAGAAGGCGGCGCUCUUUGACUUCAACCUGACCCUUCCAAUCAUCAUGGUUGAGUUCUUGCUCCUCAUGGUGGCGCUAGACAAGGUGUACUUCACUCCUCUGGGGAAAUUCAUGGACGAGAGGGAUGCCGCCAUUAGGGAGAAGCUGAGCGGCGUGAAGGACACGUCAGAGGAGGUGAAACAACUGGAGGAGCAGGCCGUGGCCGUGAUGAAGGCAGCGAGGGCGGAGAUAUCGGCGGCGUUGAAUCAGAUGAAGAAGGAGACGCAAGCCGAGGUGGAGCAGAAGAUUGCAGAAGGGAGGAAGAAGGUGGAGGUUGAGCUUCAAGAGGCUCUGGCCAGUUUGGAGCAGCAGAAGGAAGAAACCAUCAAAUCUCUUGAUUCUCAGAUAACUGCUCUUAGCCAAGAAAUUGUUAAGAAGGUUCUUCCCACUGUUUGAUUAAGCCUUCUCUUUUGAUUCAAUGUACUCACGAGAAAAGAGUUGAAAAUAUUGUAACUUUUUUCUGUGAGAGAUUUAUAUAUGUAAUAAUAUGUCAAAAAAAGAUUGGUUUAUCUGUUCAGUUUGAGAGUAAGAACUGAAGUCCCUUGUGGAUUAUCUCAUCA